AAAGAACAAUCGUGCUUACUGCGUGCAUUGUUACGAUUGUAAUUUGUUUCAACAAUUAGCUGAUUGUGAUUGCAGUUGUUUAGCAACGAUCAAUAGUAUUUAUGACGGAAAAUGUAUCUUAUGAAACCAUGGAUCCGUACAAGAAUCCCGACUGCCAAGCGUUGGAAAAUUUGAAAUUGGAGAUCAAAACCAAUGGUGUUGUAAAAAGUGUUGAUGCCUUGAAUGAAAUAUGGGCAAGUAAUCAUUAUUUCUUGCACUAUGAAACUCCUAAUAUAUAUAACGAUGAUGGACUUGAAAUUCCGGGAGCUAAACAACAAUGGAUAGAAAUUGUCAAUUAUAUAAUUAAUGAUUUAAAAUGGUUACUUGGUCUUCCAUUUUAUAGGUUUUGGUCAAACAUUGUAUUCAAUACCUCAAUACUAGAUACACUGGUAUCUUUUCUACAAGAUGCACCACCAUUCUAUGCUUUGGAAAAUUUUCCAAAUUCUCCAGAAAUGUUAGAACUUCUAGAAACAUUAAGUCACUAUGUACUUGUAGUUUUCGCACGACUUGUCACAAAUAAGGAAAGCUCUGAAGAAUAUAUGAACCGUCCAUUUCUUGGAAAUUUAUUAUAUGAGAAGUAUAUAUUUACAGUACCCAUCAUUUUUGAUCUUUGUCAACUUUACGGUCGAGAAAAUGCAAAAAUAAUGGAAAGAAUUUUAAACUCUUUAUUUACAUUAGAACCACAGUAUAAUAAUGAUCUUCAAAAAACCGUUCCCUGUCUUAUAGAGGCCCUUGAAAAUGUUGAAAGAAAAUUUGAUGGUUGUUCUACUUAUACCACUGAAGCAGUUUCACUGUCAAAGCAGAAUAUUAAUUCUUCAAAACUUACAUUAUUUCAAUUGGAAGAUAUGAUAUUAUAUGUUCUAGAUAUAUCAUCAACCAUUAGUGUGUUCUUAAAGAAUUAUCCUCCAGCAGUGAAUAUAUUUCACAUAGAGGAUUUUAUGAAUAAACUUGUUUCAGUAUAUGAAAGCACAAUACCCGAAAUGUAUAAAAUAUUAAAAAACUUGGCAUGUAAUGAUGAAAAUAUGCCAAAAUAUGUGGAACUGAAGCAUCGUUUGGACGUAACGAGAAUCGAAAUUUUAAAUCUUUUUCGUAUUAUUAUAUAUGAACCAAUAUUAAAUAUUCAAGAAAAUUUAAAUACGAUAAAGGAAGCAGAGGUAAAAGAACGGGUGGACGAAUAUUUUAAUUUAUUAAGCAAUGCAAUUUCUGAAAAAGAAUUCAUUACAGAUUAUGAUCAAUUUUAUCCCGUUAAGUCAGACUUGACUGUAUUAUCUAAUAUUUGUCCUGACGACGAUAUAAUAAAAUAUGAUUAUAUUUUACAAUCAGUCAAUGCAAUUAUUGGAAAGCCCAAUAUUCUAUCUGCUAGCGUUUCUAACGAACCAAUAGCUGGACCUAGUGGCAUUUCAAGUCGGACAACUCUCGGACAAUCUGAAAAUGUAAAUUCUUUGAAUGAGAAACAAAUUAUGUCAAAGGACUCUGUUCAGUUUGCUUCUCUUGUUUCUAAUGUUAAAGAUAUUUUACAUCAAUUAGAUGAAGGUUUUAUUAAGUCGAGUUUAGAGUAUUAUAAUUAUGACAGUGCAGCUGUAAUAAAUGCUGUGUUACAAGAUUCAUUACCACCAGAAUUAAAAGAGUUAUUGGAAAAGGGGUCGCCAUUAAUAUCUAAUACUCCACCAACUUAUACAGAAACUGCAAUUGAGGAUAUAACUAAUGAUAUUGAAAGACUAAACAUGGUUGUUAAUUAUAAUAAUGAUAAUGUUUAUGUUAAAAAACCUGAAAUUAUAGACAUACCGAAAGAAUACAUAACUAAAAAUUAUAGCCUCGUCGAAGAUGUUUAUGAUGACGAGUAUGACGAUACUUAUGAUAAUAACGAUAUACGUGGUACACAGGACGAUUCAACUGAAGUAGAUUUAAAACCUUUUACCAUACCAAGAAUUCUUCGCGAAAAGCAGAAAAUUGAAAUUGUAAGUGAAUCGGAAUCAGAAGACGAAAAUACAGGAAAUGACCAAAACGGAAAAGACUGUUUUGUACAAAAUCCAGAAGAGGUACGUGCUAGAGCGGAACAGCGACGACAAAUGCGAAGUGGAAAAACUGCAGGGAACGUAGUUGGCAAUCCUAAAGGUCAGGGGCAAGAGAAAAAUGUUUUAUACAACAGGCAGCAAAAAAAUGUUAAGAAAGCGAAACAUGCUAAUCAUAAUCGCCGUUCUGGUGCUCAGUGGAAACGAAAUCAAGGAAUGGUACCAUCAUAAAUCUACUUAUACUUUUACAAUAUAAAUGUAAAUACUGCCAUGUGAUAAAUACAUUCGUACCUAUGUUAA